AUGACGAGUUCCCUACACGUCGUCAUAACGUGCGUGAAGUUGCUCCUGUUGCCAUCCUAUUUUUCCACCGAUUUCGAGGUGCAUCGCAACUGGCUGGCUACGACGUACAGUCUGCCUGUAUCGCAGUGGUAUUCAGCUAAUCAUUCGGAAUGGACCAUCGACUAUCCACCACUUUUUGCGUGGUUCGAAUACUUCUUGGCUCAAAUUGCUGCCUUUGUUGAUAUUGACAUGUUAUCGAUACACAAUCGUAAUUACUCGUCAAACGCCACCGUAUUCUUUCAGCGACUUAGCGUCAUCAUUACUGAUUUUGUUUUUUAUUACGGAUCUCGAAAAUGUGCUCAGUCAAUUGCAUUACUUGUGAAAUCACCCAAAACUAAAAAGAAAAAACAUAUGGAUGAAAGUAAAAUUUCUGUUUUUGUCAUUGAACUCUUGUUAAUAGCCAAUGUAACAUUAUUGCUUAUUGACCAAAUACACUUUCAGUACAAUGGCUUCCUUUUCGGAAUCCUACUUGUAUCAAUAUCACACAUUUUAAAGGGUGAAAACUAUCGAGGUGCAUUUUGGUUUACGGUUCUGUUGAAUUUCAAGCAUAUUUAUUUAUAUUUGGCUCCAGCAUAUUUUGUAUAUUUAUUAAAACACUUUUGUUUUAGAAAAAAUAUACAAUUUGCAAUGAAAAGACUUAUAAAAUUAGGUUUAAUUGUUCUCGGUGUAUCUAGUAUAUCAUUUGGACCUUUUGUAUUCAAUGGUCAAAUUGUGCAGGUUUUUAAACAGUUAUUUCCAUUCAAACGAGGUUUAUCACAUGCCUAUUGGGCACCAAACUUUUGGGCCCUAUAUAAUGCAGCUGAUAUUGGUGCUAAGAUUACAUAUAAAGACUACGAUUUAAUAAAAAAUAAUAAUUCAGCAUCAAUGACAAGAGGCUUAGUUCAAGAAUUUGAACACACUGUUUUGCCAUCAAUUACUCCUCAGAUUACUUUUAUUUUAACAAUAAUUUUUAUGUUGCCAUGUUUAUAUAAACUUUGGAAAUCCGACAGAAAUCCUAUUGAUUUUGUUCGAUGCCUUAUAUUAUGUGGUUUGACUUCAUUUAUGUUUGGUUGGCAUGUUCACGAGAAAGCUUUACUGCUAGCCGUCAUACCAUUAACAUUAUUAGUAUUCACCUCUACAAAUGACUGUUCCAUGUUUACAAUGUUAUCGACUAUCUCUACAUAUUCUGUUUUUCCAUUGUUGUUUAAGCCAUUUGAAUUCAUUACUAAAUCACUACUACUUUUAGUUAAUGUUUCAUUUUUGUAUAAUACUGGUAAAUUUAAAUCAUUGAAUCGUAUAGAAAAAUUGUAUUUAAUAAGUCUAGGGCCAUUGUUGUUGUUGACUGAGGUUGGAUGGAUGGUUUUAAGGUUUGAUCAAAGAUAUCCAUUUCUACCACUGAUGCUUACUUCAUUCCAUAAUAGUAUAGGUGUUUUUUACUGUUGGAUAAAAUACUACUUAUAUUACAUUAGCCAAUAA